AUGGCAGCGGAAGAGGGUGGUAGCGGACAAGUCCCGCCGCAACCCACCAUCCGUCGAGUCUUUGGCAUGAUGAAGGCGUACUUGAACGAGUUUGAGAGGCAGACCCUCAACGGGUUCAAAACUCUGCAAGAGCAAUACCAAGAGAAGGACGACGAGAUGAGUCGCUCGAUUUGUGAUCUCAUAGACUCGUUCGACGAAGAUUCAAGUCCAGGGGAAAGACAAAGCAUUGAAGAGAAAUUACAAUCUCUACUAUCACAGCGAUGGAGUCUUCGGGCUGAGCACGAGGCCAAUCAGACAGAAGAGGAGGAAUCGUGUGAGAAACGACAAAUGGAGCUGCUGAGGCCGCUCCAGAUAGCUCUUUUCCAUUCUUUCCCUGCUGAUAGUUGGGAUGGGAUGAUGCUCCCCGGAGCGCAGAAUGUUCGGGGAGGCACAGGGCUUGAGGAGCAGCGGCCUGAUGAAGAUAUUCAACACACUGCUCAAGAGACACAAAAGGAGUUUGAGGCAGUUAAUAACGUCGCAGUUGACGGAGGUACAUCAUCUCAAGCUGAGGAUGUUAACGGAGGAAUUCACUAUGAAGAAACUUGUGAUAAAGUGCCGAGCCAAAUCGGCCACAACGAAAUGGCAGAGUCGAAUGAGGCCCUCUCUGAUGCUCUCUCCAGCAGCGGCAUAAAUGAAAUUGAUGGAGAGACUGCUCAUCUCUCUUUAAUGGAGGCUGAGGGCAGCGAAAGGAGCGCUAUCGAUAUAGACUCCGAGUUUGAGCCUGAAGCCGACGAUGCUUCCGAAGAGGUUGACGAUCAAUCUACCCUAAGUGCGACGGUAGACGAAGAAUUUCUUGUCCUAGGGAGAAAAAGAAAGCUCUCUUAUGGGAGCCGUCUCCAACCACGAAAGAAGCCUUGCCGGUGGAAGAAGGCACCCACCAAAAACCAAAGCAAGGAGAGAACAAUCCGCUAUAGAGAGGUAUAUGAUAAUACUAUUGCUGGACACAAGGAGACCAUUGUUCAGUAUCCUGCCAAUAAGGGUCUAUGGUAUAUAAUUCGAUGCGAGGAACACGGACUUAAAUUUGGAGGUAGCAAUCCACUCAUGGAUGCCGCAUUUCACUUGGGCAGUCUCCAGCACGAUAAAUACUCAAAAGCCUAUAAGGAUGUUAUCAAUCAGAUGGGCAUACGAGUCAAGUACUGUACGGCGAGCCGUGCAGAGCAAAACAAUAACACUUUCACGAAAGAAGCUGUUCAGAAGAACUCACCAACGUCGAUGGAUCGGACCACAGGUAGCAAAGACGAAGACAAAAGGGGCGGACAGGCUUUUGGAAGCCGAAAGGCAGCCUUGAUGAGCGACAAAGCCGAAACAUCUCGGAGUAGUCAGGACACAGAAGAUGACGUCUACGACGACAGAGGGUCUAAAACGUCAAAAUACGACGAUACUAAUGAAGGCAACGAAAGAUUGUAUGUACGUCGUCAACCUGGCGACAUAUGCCUCGUCUAUCUUGGGGGAGAGUAUAUCCCAGUUCUCGUCCUUCCUUUUGACAAUAUGCUUGAAAUUGGAAUCAAUGGCGACCUCAAGACGCUGAAUCUGGUCCAGCUUAUGCCUGACUGCUGUAUCUAUGACCUGACCACGGGAAAAUACAGGUGGAAAAAGGGAUAUGAGGAUGGUGGAGCGUUCGAAUCGUCUCGAGCGCACCCUGGUCUAUGCUUAACUCACAACACCCUGGAGACGUGUCCUCCAGUGUGGGUAAAAGGAACAAACCUGGGAAAUUUUGAUCUAAUGGACCCUGUUAUCAUGAAGCAGGAGUAUUACCAGCCAUUAUUGCGCCUCAUACAGCAGGCUGAUGUGAACAGAUCAGCCAUCUUGGCGAAUGUU